UCUCCAAAGACGUUCCAGGAGUCCUGUCUUCAGUUCUACCAGGCCGAGCUAGAACAGCUUUCCUUUAGGGAAGCUGCAGAGGAGUCCAGGAAACAUAUAAACACUUGGGUCUCCAAAAAGACUGAAGGUAAAAUUCAAGACCUGUUGCCGGUCAGUUCAAUUAACACAGAGACAAGGCUAGUUCUUGUCAACGCCAUCUACUUCAAAGGGAGGUGGAAUGAAGAAUUUGCCAAAAGAUACACAAGAGAAAUGCCUUUCAAAAUAAAUCAGAAGGAACAAAGGCUGGUGCAGAUGAUGUUUCAGAAAGCGACCUUCAACAUGGCGUGUGUCAGCGAGGGGGGGGGCGGGGCGCCGCUGCUGGGCCUGCCGUAUGCGGGGCAGGAGCUGAGCAUGCUGGUUCUGCUGCCUGACGAUGGAGUGGACCUCAGUUCGGUGGAAAAAAGCCUCACUUUUGAGAAACUGAUGGCCUGGCCCAAACCAGAGUGUAUGAAGAGUACUGAUGUUGAAGUUUUCCUCCUGAGACAAAAGCUGCAAGAGAAUUAUGACAUGGAAUCUGUGCUUCGGCAUUUGGGAGUGGUCGAUGCCUUCGUCCAGGGCAAGGCUGACUUGUUGGUAAUGGCAGGUGAAACCGCUCUGUGUUUGUCCAAGUUUAUGCACAAGAGUUUUGUGGAGGUGAACGAGGAAGGCAUGGAGGCAGCGGCAGCCUCGGCGGUUGUGUUGGUAGGGUAUUGCCUGGUCUCUGGACCCCAGUUCUGUGCUGACCACCCCUUCCUCUUCUUCAUCAGGCACAACAGAACCAACACCCUUCUGUUCUGUGGCAGGUUCUCGUCCCCGUAG